AUGAAUGAAUUUUUCGAGAAGAUAAAUUCCAAGGCCAAAACUGCGAGGACGAAUGUGAAUAUAGCCCGUGCAGUUCACAGGGAAGCGAUUAACUCGGGUUUGGAAGACGAAGGGUUCAAAGCCGUGGCUAACCUGAUCAUUUCACUGAUGGAUCAAACCAUCAAUGCAGCAAAUCAUGUUGAAGAGCGCUUGCAAGUUCUGCGGUCUGCAGGUUCAUGCCCCAAUUUUCUUCGAGAUCUUGGAGGGACCGAGCAGAUGGCUGAUAAUGCCUUGGCGAAUUCAAAACUUGCGAUAGAACAAAUGAAAACUGCGGUUGUUGAUGCAGAGGAUUGGAACUGA